CUGCCCAUAUACAGAGAGCACAUGGAAGUGUCAGGAAGGGCCCAGAACACUAAGUUAGGAAUAUAAAAGUGCCGGGGCUGUGACUGGCUGCAGUACUGAGAAGCAAGAAAGCAGCAGCGCACAAACAAGCACAAUCUCUCCAGCUCUUCUCUGACAAGAAGCUCCAGGAAAUCAGCAGAAGAUGUUUCCUGUCAGCCUCCUACAGCCCUCACACUCCCCUCUGUGUCCCUGCAGCCAGCCUGCACUCACACUCUGGCCAGCCACUCGCCUCAUCCUUGGCCAGCUGGGAGAUGACAUUCUGAGCAUGAGGAAUGACAUGGAGAGGAGAAUGCAGUGUGUGAAUGAGGCUUAUCGGCUCCUCUCUCAGGACAUGGAUAUGAGAAGAAUAACAGACCAGAGCCGACAGCCCAGAGCCACAGAAACUGAGGGGACCUCUCCCAGCUCAGGCAAAGAUGGGAAGGAUCACUUUGAGCUGACACUGGAUGUGAGGGACUUUUCUCCUCAUGAACUAACAGUGAAAAUGCAGGGAAGGAGAGUGAUUGUGAUAGGAAAACAAGAGAGGAAAAGUGACAGUGAGAAUGGGAGCUACGUCCAUGAAUACAGAGAGUGGAAGAGAGAAGCUGAACUGCCAGAAGGUGUGAAUCCUGAGCAAGUUGUGUGCUCCUUUUCCAAGGACGGGCACCUACAUAUUCAGGCUCCUCGGCUGGCACUGCCACCUGCCCCAGAGAGACCCAUUCCUAUCAGCAUGGAUCCGGCCCCCAGAGAUGCACAGGAAAUCCCACCCGAUGCCCAGAACAGCAAUGCAGAUGGGGAGCAACAGAUGGACUGAACUGCCAGACUUUUAUUCUUCGAAAUUUUUUUUUACAGUAUAUUGUGUAUUUUUAUAUCAAUGUUAUGUAUAAAUUUACUAGUAAUCUAAAUGUAACAAUCUUAUAGUUGUGCUUUGUCAAACUUUUUUCUUAAUCAGUAAAAUUUAAAUAAUUUUUCCUUAUCAGCCUAUUCAUUUUUUAUAUAAUACAUAAGAAUGAGCAGAUAACAGUAUGAAUUCUUAAAAAGUGAAACAAUAACGAUUUUGCUACAUGAUAGAUCAUGGUAUAACAUUUGCACAUACAAGUAUAGAAAUUUCACUCUAUAGAACUUUUACUGGAGGGAAAGAAUUUUUAUUUUUCAGUUCCUGGGAUUUAGUAGGUGUAAACGUAGGUGUAAAUGAAGUAAGAUAAUCAUGUCAUUGGUAUAGCACAUUUAGAAUGAAUAAAGAUAAAAAAUCUGA